UCAGACUAUAUAACAGCAGCCUGGCACAGUAGAGUUAUAUCCAACAGGGAAACAUGAAGACUUUCAACCUGAGCAUUCUGCUGAGCCUGGCAGUUGCAGUUUACUGUCUGCCAAUAUCACAGGUUACUGAGCAAGAUGAGAGUUUUGCAGAGAGCUACCUGAAGAAAUUUUUCAACCUAGCAGAGGACAGCAACCCAACUGUCAGACGAGGGAUCAGCCCGAUGACCAAGAAGCUGGCUGAGAUGCAGAGAUUCUUUCAUCUCCGGGUCACCGGGACGCCGGACCCUGACACCAUUGCCAUGAUGAAGAAGCCCCGCUGUGGCGUUCCAGAUGGCAAAAUCGCCCGUUUCUCCAUAACUGGAAGCAACUUCAAGUGGGGGGGAAACAGCCUUACCUACAGGAUUGAGAACUACACACCUGACAUGGCCAGAUCAGAGGUGGAUGACUCCAUAGAGAGAGCGCUGCAGGUUUGGGCCAAAGUCACUCCCCUGAGGUUUACAAGAGUCUACACUGGCACUGCUGACAUCAUGAUCUCCUUUGGGCGCCAAUCUCAUGGAGAUUAUUACCCCUUUGAUGGCCCUGAUGGCACUCUUGCUCACGCCUUCGCCCCAGGUCCUGGCAUCGGAGGAGAUGCUCAUUUUGAUGAAGACGAGACCUUCACCUUCCGCUCCGAUGAAGGCUACAUCCUCUUUUUGGUUGCUGCCCAUGAGUUUGGACACUCCCUGGGCUUGUCUCACUCUAAUGAUCCUGGUGCGCUCAUGUACCCUGUGUACACAUACAGUAACCCUGACACCUUUGUUCUGCCUCGUGAUGAUGUCAACGGCAUCCAGUCUCUCUAUGGUCCAAACUCUAAAAAGGAUCCUAAUCCUGGACCAACAUCACCCACCACCCCUGAUGCCUGUGAUUCAACCAUGGUCUUGGAUGCUGUCGUCACCCUGAGAGGAGAUUUGUUUUUCUUCAAGGACAGAUUCUUUUGGCGUAGCUACCCUCAGAGUGCCCAAGCUCAGCAAAGUCUCAUUACAAACUUCUGGCCCAAUGCCCCUGUCAAUAUCGAUGCUGCUUAUGAAAGCCAACACUUAGACAGGGUCCUACUCUUUAAAGAUCGCAGAGUGUGGUCUUUCAGUGGCUAUGAUCUUGCACAAGGCUAUCCAAAGUCAAUUUCCAGUUUUGGUCUGCCCAAAACUGUGGAGAAAGUCGAUGCUGCUCUCUAUGACGUGGACUCUGGCAAGACUCUCUUCUUUGUUGGCAGUAAUUACUACAGUUAUGAUGAAGCCAAGAAAACUAUGGACCAGGGAUUACCCAAACCGGUGGAUCAGACCUUCUCUGGACUGACCAGCAAGGUGACUGCAGCUUUCCAGUACAGAGGUUUUACUUACAUCUACAGUGGACCCUUUAUGUUUGAGUACAGCAUGAGGAGCGGCAGGUUGUUCCGUGUGCUCAGUAACAGCUACUUCUUACCCUGCAAUAACUAUUAGCCCAGUUUACUAUAGGCUGUUAAUGUAGCUCAUCUGAAAGACAAUGAAGGCAACAAGUUGAAAAUUGUCCAUAAUAUCUAAUGAUAUAUUUUAUAAUAUAUAUAUUUUUUUACACGUUUACUGGUAUAGAGAAAAGCACCUUUUCACAGCAUUUUUUUGAUUUUGUAAACACUGUUUUAAAUUAAUUUAACAUUAGAUCAUAUUUAUUUUAUUGAUGCAAUAUUCACUGUUUUAUUAUUGCAGUUGUUAUUUUUGUUGCUGCUUUAACUUUGUGUUUGAUGAAGUUUUUGAAGUUGCAUGUAUGCAAAUUGUUCACAAAAAUGUGACACAGUCAAGAUUCAUUUGUACAUGAAUUAGCAAAUAAAAUUGUUACAAUACA